GAUAAAAAUCAGCUGAUAUACGGGGUAAAACCCGGAAAAUGAAACCUAAUCUGUAGUUCUAGUUGUUUCCCAUCAUCCAUUGCCGGAUGGAGCUGGGCAGAUUUUGUGAAUCUAUCUCAAAUCCAAGUUUUCCCCAAUGUUCUUGAACAUCGAUGGCAAUGUUUGCCGUAAAAGAUGAUUACAGCUGGUUCUGCGGCGUCGGCGAACUACCGAAGAAUUUAUCGAGUGACCAGAACGACGGGGGUAAUGUGACGGGGCCUGUGGGCGAAACAGACCCGUGGCUAGCACGGCUGUGCACGGUCAGUGCAGUAGGCACGGCCCUGCACGCGGUGUUUCUUCUAGCCUUCACCGUGUUGCUAGUUAUCUUAGCCUUUUGUAUGAAAACUGCUCAUUCAAAAUCUCCACAAAGAUGUCCAGGGAACGGACUACGGUGGUUACUCAUUAUAUUUCUUCUGUUCGUCCUCUCAUGUUCGAUAGGAGAGGGUGUUUUGUCGGAUGCAACUCGGCACGAUGCAUCCCCAUCGCAGCCAUUUCUGUACUUGCCAAGCCUCAGUGCCUUAAUUGCAACUUUUGCUGCAGCGUUUUACUACAACUCAAUGGAGAAGCGGCAGAGAUUCCAAAUGACUCUCCUGUCUCUACCAUAUUGGAGUCUGUGCGUUAUUGAACGGGCUGUAACUUUGUGGAGUCUGCUUGGGCUUGGUCUUGGAAGUGUUCAAGUUGUGCGUUUCGACUUGAAUGUGUGUUUACUUGCUGCCUACUCUAUGUUAAUCAUCCUGGAUCUCGCAAUACUUUUGAUAUCACACAGAAAUCCGUCCUACCAUCCAACGCCCACCACGGAAUCAACCCAAGAUGACAUGUACUAUGUUCAAGAUGAUGUCAGCGUACUGUCUCAGGUCACCCUAGCAUGGUUGACCAAGCUGUUCCGGCUUGGAAACAAGCGCCCCCUGGAACGCAAAGAUCUUGGCUCUUUGCCAGAAAGACACACAUCUCAGGAGAACUACAAACAAUUUAAAGAGGCCUUUCGGAAGGAAAAGGAAAAUGCUACCAAAGACAAGAGAAAAGUCUCCUUGUUCCGAGUCUUUGGUCACUUUUGUGGCAUCAGACUGCUGGCAGUAGGCUCAUUGAAGCUUGUGUCGGUUCUAGUGAAGUUCACCACGCCUGCAGCCAUCAGGGGCAUUGUGUUGUACGCCUCUGCACACAAAUAUCAGGAUGAAAGCGUCGUGGAGGAGCAGCAUUUCAUCACAGUUAGUGAGUUCUUCUCAAACGGCUACAUCCUCCUCUUUAUCCUCUUUGUUGCCAAGGUUACCCACGUCUUAUGCAUCCGGUCAGUGCAGUACUACUUGACUGUACAAGCCAUUCAUACAAGAAUAGCCAUUCAGGGUAUGGUGUAUGAUAAAUCCCUGCGUCUGUCACUUGGAGGGGGCUCCAACGGCGGCAACACGGCGGGAAAGCUCAUCAACUUCAUGUCCAUCGACCCUGCUAACCUUCAACAAAUGUUCAGGGAGUUCCACUCGAUACUGGCCACAGUUUUAUCGAUUACGAUCACCAUGGUGCUGCUGUAUCUCCUCCUUGGUUUCUCAGCACUGAUAGGUGCUGCCUCGCUCUUCCUAGUGAUGCCUCUGACUGCUCUCGCUGGCAGAGGCAUGUCCAAAUUCCAGAAGAAAGCACUGCUUUUCUCCGAUAGUCGCCUGAAGUACUCUAAAGAGUUGGUGCAGGCAAUAAAGCUGGUCAAGAUGUAUGGUUGGGAAGAUGUUUUCUGUCACACUGUUGAGUCCGUCAGGAAGCAAGAGCUCUUGGCCAAUCUUGUCAGAAGUAUUUGCUUCGCCUUGACCACCACAAUAGCCUCAGCAGGACCAAUUCUUAUCACCCUGGUUUCCUUUGGGACCUACACUCUCCUGUCUGGCCAAGCGCUGACUCCUGAGGUGGCCCUACCAGCACUGUCUCUCUUCUAUCUGUUUGAGAGUUCUCUCUUCUACUUCCCGUUUUACAUCUCGUAUAUGGUGACCGGCGUCAUCAGCACGCACAGGCUGCAGGCAUUCCUGAUGAGUACAGAAGUCGAGGGGCCGGCCGGCACAAGUCGCCAAACUUGCAGAGAUGCCACACAUGAUGAUUUAGAAGUCAAGUUUAAGCCCCUGGGUGGAUCUCCAGCAUCUGGUGGGACACCUCUUGGGACCAAUGAGAGAUCGGAAUCCAACAGUGGAGCAGUCAAUGGGAACGGACUGCAACUAGAAGUACUUGGAAGGAAUGGUAAUGGCGGAAUAUCCACAGAGCAUUUGCAGUCGGGAGUAGCAGUGAAGAUUAAACAUGGCACUUUCUCAUGGGACUCAGAGUCUGAUGCUGUUCUACAUGACAUCAGUGUUAACAUACCAAGUGGCAAGCUGACAGUCAUUAUUGGUAGCGUGGGAAGUGGCAAGUCAUCCCUUCUCAGCGCCAUGCUUGGCGAGAUGACAACGCUGAGCGGCCACAUUAAUUUACAAGACAGCGAUGUAGCCUAUACAGCUCAGACACCAUGGAUCAUGAAUGCUUCAGUCAGAGACAAUAUUACCCUAGAUUGUAACAUGGACGACGUAAGAUACCAAGAGGUGAUAGCGGCCUGCGCACUGCAGCCAGAUUUGGAGCAGUUUCCGGCUGGAGAUCGGACCGAGAUUGGAGAGAAGGGAAUCAACAUCAGCGGUGGCCAGAAACAGAGGAUCAGUCUGGCCAGGGCACUGUAUUCCAACAAAACUACUGUUAUCAUGGAUGACCCACUAUCGGCCCUGGACGCUCAUGUGUGCCGCCAUAUUGUGCAGCAGGGCAUUGCGGGAUUGCUAUCAAAGAAUGGACGUACGGCCAUCUUAGUGACCAACCAACUGCACUUGAUGAAACUGGCUGACCAUGUCCUUGUGAUGAUCAAUGGUAGAGUUGAAUUACAAGGAACACAGCAGGAGAUCGGUGCCGAGGAUUUUCAUACCAGUCCAUCCUGGUCGCAGUUACUCCAGCCAAUCACCAAUCAUCAAGACCAAGUGGACGAUUUGGAGCGGUCAUCUAAAGAUGAGCCACCUUUGGCAGACCAGUCCAGUGACAUCACAAAUGGCAAGAAACCGGACUGCAUUUCAGACACAAGCAGCCAACAGGAUAAGCAUGAACCAUCUGGCCAGCUUGUCAAAGACGAAGAGCGCAAGUACGGCAGUGUGUCCCACAGGGUGUAUCUGUACCUGAUCCGUGUGAUUGGUUGGCCCCUUCUGGCAUGGAUAGUUGCUCUGUUUGUCUUCAAUGGCUGCCUGAUAGGCAAGGCCUUCAAGUUGGCUGAGUGGAGUGAAGCUGGCAUAGCAGAUACAAAUACUACUGUACCUGCUCAGACAAGCUAUUACAUCAUGGGAUAUACUGCCUGGUCAGCUGGCUGUGUGACAGCUGUCAUCAUAUCUGAUGUCGCCCGCACCAGUGCUGCAUACUUUGCAACCAGGAAUCUCUUCCAAAAACUUCUGAAUAAUGUUAUACAUCUUCCAUUGAGGUUUUUUGAUACGACUCCAACUGGCCGAAUUCUGAAUCGAUUUUCGAGUGAUACAAACAGCAUAGACCAAUAUCUUUUUCAAAAUCUGGAUGCGGUUUUAUUCAACGCGAUUGAGGGACUGUUCUUCAUCAUUUUGGAUAGCAUCGUAGCGCCAGCGUACCUGAUAGCCAUCAUACCUCUAGCAAUCAUCCAUUUCCUCAUAGUCAGGUUCUUUCUGGCUUCCUCAAGAGAAAUCAAGAGAAUGGAAAGCAUAUCCAGAUCCCCAGUACUAGCAUAUUUCACACAGACCCUGGAUGGUCUUCCAACAAUCAGAGCAUAUGGCUACCAAAAACAUUUCCUGGCUAGUCUUCUCUCCAAGGUCAAUGAGAACUGCACAGCAUACCUUUACCUACAGACAAGUAACCUGUGGCUCAACAUCUGGCUGGACAUUUUGGGAACUUGUAUGGUCUUGGCUGCUGGUGUUGCAGCUUUGCUGGCAUCCUCCUUUGAUGGAGUGUCGGCAAGCCUAGUUGGUCUGGCCAUUGCGAUAGCUGUAAAGAAUUCCAGUGUGAUAGGCUACUUGGCAAAGUUCUGCGGAGAGCUGGAGAUCCGAAUGAACGCCGUGGAGAGAAUUGAGCAUUACACUUGCCUUCCAACGGAGAAAUAUCAAGGCAUAGAACCAGCCAGUGAUUGGCCUUCUAGUGGAGGGAUAGAGUUCAAUCAGCUUUCAGCACGCUAUGACAUCACCCUGCAGCCAGUCCUGAAUAAAAUUGAUCUGCGUAUUGAACCAGGAAAAAAGAUUGGAAUCUGUGGAAGGACAGGGAGUGGAAAAUCCUCGCUGACUCUGGCUCUGCUUCAGCUGAUUGACACUCAUGAGGGAUCCCUUAUUAUUGAUGGACUGGAUGUUUCUCAUGUGUCUCUAAGCGCCCUGCGUCAACAGAUGUCAAUCAUUCCUCAGGACCCGGUUCUGUUUACUGGAACAAUCAGGAAAAACCUGGACCCAACUGGCAAGAUGGCAGAUGGGGAUUUGUGGGAGGCACUGCAGAUAGCCCAGGUCAAAGGAUUGGUGUCGGACCUAGGUGGAUUAGAUUUUCAGGUGUCUGAAGGGGGUGAGAAUUUCUCUGUUGGGCAGCGGCAGUUGUUUUGUCUUGCUCGAGCCUUCCUCCGCAAAUCCCGCAUCCUCAUCAUGGAUGAAGCCACAGCAUCAGUUGAUCUUGAGAUGGACAAGACUCUGCAGCAGGUAGUGGUGGAAGCAUUCAAGGAUCGAACAGUUUUGAUUGUAGCCCACCGAGUUGAGACCAUCAUGAACUGCGACACCAUCUUGGUCAUGAGCAACGGUGAGAUCACAGAGAUGGGAACUCCUGAGCAGCUGCUAGCAACGCCAGAGGGAGAGUUUGCUGCCCUCGUCCAGGCCAGAGCAGGCAUGGCUAGGUCACAUGACAGCUGACCAUGCUGUCAGGUGAUGAGAUCUGGUCACAUGAUUGGAUCACACAAUGGACCGUUGUCUGCAUUUGGCCGUAAGCCCCACCCACCGUUAGUAAGAGUACAUUCCUCACAGUACUUGUGACUGGGUUUGACUGAUAAACACAGUCACCUGACCGAAAAUCAUGAUCUAAUUGGUCCAUGCACACUGCUUGAUUGACUGACAGCAUGGGUCCAUUCGAGCCAUGUUUGGAAUUACCUGUGAAGGACUAUCUUAGUCCUGUCACAUGAUCUUAUUAUCAGUUAUCAGGUCACAUGCAAGGGUGAUCUGAUCAGGUGGUAUGAUCAGGUGACUUGAUCAUGACCAGAUUGUACCAGAUCACACUGUAACUUAGAAACAAAGUCUUCCAAAUCAACUCAUAAUUAUUUUUCUUAAAUCAGGUGAUUUGAUCAGAUGACCAGAUUGUAUCAGGUGACACUGAAACAGAGAAACAAAGUCUUCCAAUUCAACUGAUAGUCAUUUUCUUAAAAUCAGGUGACUUGAUCAGAUGACCAGAUAGUAUCAGGUGACACUGUAACAGAGAAACAAAGUCUUCCAAUUCCAGUCAUAAUCAUUUUUCUUAAGAUAACUUCCACAGAGUACACAUUACACUAAUGGAUCAUAAUAGAGACACUUUGCAGUAACAGCUGUACAGUGUGAGUCAAAAAGAAAUGACUGAGUUAGAAAAAAAAAACACUAAAAGAUAUGUGGCUUGCUCCAUUGAAUAUAAAGAACAAAGGAAUAAAGUACAUGGUAGUCACUAAUAACUGUGAUUUGCUUGUACUCUAUUCACAAGUUAUUUCUAUUUUAAUAGAAACACCAUGACAUUCAGUUGUCCACCACUGAUCACUGAUGCAUACCCUUUAAAUACAAUGAACAAAAAGUUGCAUAGGGAAACUAACAAAACUCACCAAUCAGGAAAAAAAAUUGAUUUAUUCCUCAUAUAUACACACACAAGUAAAAAAAAAAAACCCAAAAAAUCUGAAAUAAAACUAAUGCAUCAGUCGUGACUCAAAUUAAUAUAAUCUGUAUUUGAAUGCCUGUGUGUAAUCUCUGGUUCUCACUAAGCUGAACAACUUCAAAAUAGCAUUCCAUGGACAGCUGUAUAAAUGGCACCAUUUUUGGAGUGCCAUGCCAUAUUUACAUGUCCUGCCUCGGAUGUGUUCCAUGCGUAAAAAAUUGUUUGUUUUUCAGUAUUAAGAUAACUAUUCACACCUACAGCUGUGCCGAACAGUGUGAAAUGUCCACAUCCAAUCCAGAUGACCUACUCCAAAAACUGAUGCUCACAAAGUUCAGAUUAGUAUGCAGUGACAUUUGCAAAGUGUCUAAACACGACCACAUGUAUGCUGCCAUCCAGGGUCAUGAUCCUUCCCUCGAUUCCCAUAUUUCACAUGCCAUCCUAGGCCAUGCCUAAAAUACUGGGCCAUGGCUGGGGCGUAUUUUUUUUUCCAGGAGUGUUGGGGCCAAGUCAUGCAUAAUUCAGUUUUCCUUUGAUCAUUGCAAGACACUUAUAGGUUCUCGUUCGCUUUUUUCCGCGUAAAUUAAAAGUAUCUCAACGAUAAAUUUAGAAAAGAAAAAUAGUCGACGCAGUGCUGAACCACAAAGCAAUAUAUAAAGAUUUCUAUCAUAAUUUACACAGAGUUAUAAUGCUCGUUUUAUAUAUUUUAAUCUGUUUGGAGAGUAAACAAUAUAUAUUAUUAAAUAUAUAAAGUGUUGGAUUUAAAGUUCUAUGUACAAUGUACGUUGUUUAAUAAUAUAUGU